AUGAUAAUUAAGGAUAGUACAAUAACUCGAACAUAUAUUCAUUCAGAUUUACCUGAAUUUGAUAUAAGAAAAGAUUUAUGCGGCGUUCAAGAUCAACGUAUAAACUAUUUGCGUCAAUUAUCUGGUUGUAUCAUUGAUAUGCAUCAAGAAGAGGGUAGUACAAUGUUCGAAAAAGUACAAUGGAUGAUUACACAUCCUGUUGAAGAAAUACGCUCAUGGGUUGUUACUCGUAUUCAAAAAUUAGCCAUGCAGACUCAAAUUAAUUACAGUAUGAUGUUAGAAGAUAUUGUUUUUCAGCAACGAUUUAAUAAACAAGCACAUAUUUCAACUGAAUCAUUGAGUACUACACCAACAGAAGCCUUACAUCAAUCACCACUUCGUUUUACAGCACCCACAAUAUUACCACCUGAUCUUGUUACACGAGCGCAAACUGAUAUUCGACCUCAAAGAAAUCGUCGUUCAACGUUCAAUGGACCUCGUCCGGCCAACGGUUUUCCAGGUUUAUCGGAAUUACAUACAAAAGCACCUGUCUAUCUCGAUUUAUCGAGUAAAUUUGAUUUACUGUUUAAUGGACGUGAAAAUAGAUUUAUCGAUGGUAAAUCGACAAAUGAUACAAAUAAAAAACCCUUAUCACGACAACAUGAAUCAUCAAAUGAUACAAGUUCAGACAAUGAAAAUAGUGGAGAAGAUUUGAUCGAAAUGGCAAGAUGGGAAAAUUUAUUAUCGGAUUUGAGUGAUGCUGAAAACGAUAAAGGUAGCAAUGAAACUGCUCGUUUGACUGAUAUUAUUAGUUUAUCACAAUUGAAAACGCGUCUUAUGAAUAAUAGAAUCGAACUCGAUGAUGGUAAUAAUAUUAAUCAAAUUCAGUCAAUAAUAUUAAGAGGUGAUCCAUUGAAUAUUAGUCGAAAAAGGAAUACAAAAUUAAUGAAUCAACAAUAUUAUUGUUUUUAUCGUUUAUUAUUAAAUGAAAAUAUAAUAUUAUCAGAUGGUAUUAGUAAAUCGAAAAAAAUUGCUAAAAAACAAGCAUAUCGAAAUAUGGUCAAAUUAUUGUUAAAUGAACGUGGUGUAGAAAUACGAAAAAUUCAAGAUAAUCGUUGGAAAGUCGUAAUAAAAAAACCACAAUCAUUUAUUGAACAACCAUCAAUAAUGACCGAUGCUGAUAUAACAUUAUAUUAG